AUGCCGGAGCUUAGAGGCGGCGAAGAACACGGCAAGACAGAGCUUCUUAAUGGCAGAAUAAUUGAUUUCCGGUUGAUUAAGAUUUCGACUGAGAUAGAAAAGGUGGAAGCUUUGGAGUUCAUAGAUAGGAUGGACUACAGAAACUUGCCAGUAGCAAAGAGAACCAGGAAGAAGAAUCGUGAGGGUGGCUCGGCCGCUGUGAGUCGAGAGUACGUGUCUAUAUCUGAUGAGAGUGAGGAAGAGUCCAGAGCCUAUGAAUCACUUGAUGUUUCUGAUGAGGCCAAUGCAGCUCCACCCACAGCCUCAGGAGGUAAACACAAGAAGAAAAGGCUCGGGAAGCGAAAAUCCAUUAACAGGUCUAAGAAAGGGAUGUUUGGUACGUCAAUGGACUAUGAGUAUAAGGAUUUGUCUGAUGAUGGUGAGGAGGCCAGUGUGGAGAUCAUUGGUGAGGAUUCAAAUGAUCCCAUGAAUUUUGAUGAUGUACAUAGUGCAGGAUCAAAGAAUGGCAAGAAAUCUGACCCAGUUGAUCUGGAGGAUAGUGAUGAUGACGUCGUGUAUUUAGGCGAAGAGGGAGGCGAAGGAGGAAGGGGUUUCGGUUCUUUGAAUUUGGAGACAAGUGAUGCCAAUGACGAGGUUGCUUCUGAUGGCUCAGAUGAAUCUGAGGCAACUGAGGAGGUUGCUUCUGAUGUUUCUAACAGCUCACAUGAUUCAGAGACCGUCCUAUUUAGUGAAGAGGAAAGCGCUCAUUCGGAUGACGAGGAUUAUGACCCAGAAGAGUCAGAAAGUUCUGAGUUUUCUGAGGAGUCAAGUUCAUCUGGUGGAGAUGGCCAGUGGAGCGAUGAAGGUGAUGUUGAUAUGAAGAAGGGGGAGAUUGUUAAUAAAAGGGAGAAGAAAAAGGGUAGUGGGAAAACGAAGAAGGGGAAAAGUGUUGGGGACAAUAUUGAGGUGAAUAAGGUGCAUAAUAUUGAUGAAGGGGAAGUUAAAAAGGGAUUUAGAAAAGAGGGCAAGGGGAAAACUGUUGAGGGUGGUGUCGAGAAGAAGAAGGGGCAGCAUUCUAGUAGAAAAGAAGAUGUUACCGCUCUUCUAUUGAAGUUCUGUUUUGGAUCCAAGGAGCCAAGUGUACCAGAGAAGCCAGAACUAGAUCCAGAAGAAAACGAACUUUGGGAUGAAUUUCGUUUUUCUCUCAGAUCUUGUGAGAUUGGUUCCACUGGAUCUAAUAAGGUUGGAAAUCAAGAUUCACUCCCCGCUGUUCAUGAAGAGGAUACUGCUACCCUUUGUAAACGAGGGAGUCAUCAGCUUAUACUCGAUGAAGAGAUUGGACUCCGAUGCAAAAUUUGCACUUACUUAGCCAAGGAGAUCAAAUAUAUUUUUCCAGAAUUUGUUGAGAAUCCUUACGAAAAAUUUGGCAGAAGAGGCUUUGAAACUGACAACUGGUCUGUCUUUGAUGAGCUCCGAUCUCAUGACUCUGGUUCCGGUCCCCAUUCUGGUUGUAGUUCUCACCUUCCCGAUGAAGGCACAGUGUGGGACUUCAUUCCAGGUGUUAAAAGCAGCAUGUAUCCUCAUCAGCGUGAAGGUUUUGAGUUCUUGUGGAAUCAUAUAGCUGGUGGAAUACAUGUUGAGGAGCUGAAAAAAAGAAGCAGUGAUUAUGCUGGGAAUGGUUGCAUAAUUUCACACGCUCCUGGAACUGGGAAGACACUGCUAGCCAUUGUCUUUCUCCAGACAUACAUGCAGUUGUUCCCAAACUGCAGGCCACUUCUGAUAGCUCCUCGCAGCAUGUUGCUUACAUGGGAAGAGGAGUUUCAAAAAUGGGGGUUUGACAUUCCUUUUCACAAUCUAAACAACACUGACUUAUCUGGUGAAGAAAUUGAAGCAGAAGUUAAUUUGGUGAUGCGAAUUGAAGGCCGGAAAAGCAUAAACAGAGUAAAGAACAGCAGAAUGUUGAAGUUGUGUUCCUGGACCAAGAAAAGAAGCAUCCUGGGAAUCAGUUACCAAUUGUUUGAGAAGCUUUGUGGGACAAAUCAUUCUGGAGCACUGAAGCAAGCGGAGGAAUGGAGGAAAAUUAUAUUUGAGUUUCCUGGUCUUGUAGUAUUCGAUGAAGGGCACACUCCUCGGAAUGAUCAAAGUCGUAUUUGGAAGGCUUUAUCAGACCUCAAGACUAAAAGGCGCAUUCUUCUGUCUGGAACUCCUUUCCAGAAUAAUUUUCAGGAGCUCUUCAAUACAAUCUGCCUGGUGAGGCCUACAUUUGCAGACUCGAUCGACUCUAAUAAGUUCACUGGAGAUUUUCGCAGAAACCAAAGCCAAAAAAGAAAUUUAGAGACAUGGCAAUGGACUUCUGUGACCAACUGUAGUGGAAAUAUCAAUAAUAAAAGAGAAAGACAUGCUACAGAGGUCAAAGCGAAGAUUGCACCAUUUGUCAAUGUCUACAAGGGUUCUGUACUGCAAGAUAGUCUUCCUGGGUUAAGGAACUCAGUUGUUGUUCUACGCCCGACGCAACUACAGGAGGAGUUCCAUAAGAGAAUUCAAGUGAUAAAAUCACAGUUUGAAUAUGAACACUUGGAGUCUCUUAUAUCUAUUCAUCCUUCCCUCUUGCUUAACAAGGAAGCAUUUUCUGGUGAAUGGGAUAAGUUAAACAAACUGAAAUUAAAUCCUGAUGUUGGAGUUAAGGUAAAAUUUGUGAUGGACCUCAUGAGACUCAGCGAUGCUUUAAAUGAAAGAGUUCUUGUUUUCAGUCAGUAUAUUAAACCCUUGGUUCUUACAAGGGAUCUUCUGAGAUCAAGGUUUCACUGGACUGAAGGGGAAGAGGUGCUCUAUAUGGACGGAAGUUGUGAUAUGAAGCAGCGUCAGUCCUCGAUGAAGGUUUUCAACGAUCCUUCCAGUAAAGCCAAGGUUUUACUAGCUUCAACUAAAGGAUGCUGUGAAGGAAUAAGCCUGGUCGGAGCUUCAAGGGUUGUGCUUCUGGACGUCACUUGGAACCCGUCGGUGGAGAGACAAGCUAUAUCCCGUGCCUACAGGCUAGGACAGAAAAAAGUUGUCUAUGUGUACCACCUCCUCAUGGGUGGAACAAAUGAGGAGCACAAGUACCAACGCCAAGUUGACAAGAGCCGUUUGUCUGAGUUGGUGUUUUCUGAUUCGGACAGGAGUGAUGCUUGCGAGAAGAAAGUCCGAGCUGUUUCUGCGGAUAAGGUUUUGGAGGAGAUGGCUCAGCAUGAGAAACUGAAACACAUAUUCGAGAGUAUAGCUUUGCUGCACGAAGACAUCUAUUUUGAGCAGCUAGGCCUAUCAACUUUUGCUGCAUGAAACACAUAUGAGAGUUUAUUGCUUUUACUGCAUGUAGAAAAAUUCGAGCUGUUUCCUCUUUUGCUGGUGGUACAUCAUCCCUUCACACCCAGCGACCCUCGAAUCCACAACAAUGGUCUCUCUCUCUCUCUCUCUCUCUACCUAUCCACUGUUUGUUUCCACAGAAAUUUGUUUGUCAUUUAAGUUUUCUGGGAAAAUGCUGGAUGAUGUCGGCAAUAUAUAUUUUAUGGAACUAGACGAAAGAAAUUUAGAAAAUUUCCAACUGAUAUAACUGAAAACAUAAAGAAUAUGUGCAAACUAAAUCGUGUCAAUGGACUU